AUGAGUGAAAUCAAUGAGUCCCUGAUAGAAGCUCCGCUUAAAGCCUUACUUGAAGAUGUAAGCAAAUUAAGAUUACAAAAAGGUAUUAUUCUGCUUGGAAGGCUAUUUGGAAGGUUAGAGUGACUUGAAAUUAAUUGAAAAUCAAUUAAAAGAUUACGAUACAUUGCCAGGACUAGUUAAAAUCAUAGCCAAUGUAUUCAAGACUUUGAUGAAGAAAAUCGACAAAAAAAUCUCCCUUCUGAAACUUAAUCCUAAUGAUAACAGUUCUAAUAGGAGCUAUCAUGCAGAAGAGGAGUAUGAAAAAUUAGAAUAGAUUAUAUAAAAAUAUGAAGCCGAGAUCAGAGGACACAUUAGCGUAACAUGAGUUUGAUUAGUUCUUUUUUAGAUCGAAUAAUAGCUUAAACUUUAUAACGACAGCUUGUUGUAGAAGAUAGAAGACCUAGAAAAGUCCCAAAAAGAAACAAUAGAAUAAUUAAAUAAAAAAAUUUAUGUAAAAUGUUAGCAAUAUAAAAUUUAGGCCUUAAAAAAGGAUCUCGGAAAAUCCACAGAGAGCUAUAGAUAGUUAAUAAAGGAGAAUGAACAACUAAGAGAAUCAGUAGAUCACUAACAUAUAGUGCAUACAGAUAGUGAAGUCAACGGUAGAAUGAAAGAUAAAAAGUAAUUUGAGAUAAAUUUAUUAGUUUUGUCAUUCAGACCACAAAUUAAAAAGAGCUGAUUACAGUAGUGAAUAUCCUGGUUCGAUUGCAAAUCUAUAUCCAUAGAAUU